AAUUAGAGAUGUAUAAAAUAUAAAAGAAGCUGAAAGAGUGGGUCUAGGAAUGGAAAGAGGAAGAGUUAGAGCGAGGAUAUGGGCGAUAAAUGAGAGAAAGAAGAAUAUAUAUUCAUAUAUAGUAAGCUAAAGAUUUGCAUUGAAUUUUGAAAAACAAAUUAUAUAUAACAUAUCAUUUUUAUUGAUAUGAUCUGAUCUGUCUCUUAGACAAAGUAGGCUUUUUAAUAGAGAGAAUCUGAAACCUCUUAGAUAUAGUGAUCUUUCUCUUUCCACCCUCUUUUCAAGCUAUAUAUAAAUCUUAGCUUAAAACUUGGCUAAUGGCUAGGCUUAGGGGUUUGUUUGAUCUCUUGACUUCCAAUAUCUGCGAGAUUUGGGUUAGUGAAAACAAUGGCACCAGAAGAUCAAACCCAGAGAUGUAGCAACAAUAGUAACACCAGCGGUGGAAACAACAAUAUUAUUGGUAGGUCUUCUAAGAAGCAAAGGCCUAAAAAAGUACCCCAAAGAGGGCUUGGUGUGGCACAGCUUGAAAAGAUAAGAUUAGAAGAACAACAAAAGAAAGAUCCAGGAGCAUCUUUGAUUUUGCCACUAAUCCCAAGUUUCCAUCCCCCAAAUCACCCUUCUUCUUCUUCUUCCUCAUCUUCUUCUUCAAUUGCUGAUGUUUCACCCCCUCCGACUUCGUUCUUUAGGCCUCAAAACAUUGAUGGAAACACUAGUGCUGCUGUUCCAUUGACAAGUAGUGUUAAUGGACAUAAGUUUUGGGGUUCUUGUUGUGAGUUCAACAUUGAAAAAGGGUGUCCUGGAUUGGAUCCUGGUUGGAUUUUUAGGACCAAUUUGAGUUUGCCUUAUGAAUCUGAAUCUGGUUGGUCUUUGCCUAGUUUGAUGCAAAGGGGACAACCUUUUCACCAACAUCAACCUCCUCCUCCAAUGAUGAAUUUGUCAUCAAGAACUUCAUCAUCAACAUCUGUAAUGAAUAUUCAGACGGAGCCCCCUUCAAACCAAAAGUACUAUAAAAAUUAUACGCCUUUAUUGCCUGAAGAGGAGAAGGUGAUUGGCAUGAAGAGACCAUAUCCUUUCUCACUAGACAAUGCUCCAGGCCCCCCUCUUCACACCAAAUAUCCUCCCAUUGUUCAUUCCAUCUAUGGACAAAUUGAAACUACAUCAAGUACCAAAGAUACCACAUUCAAUUUCGAACCCGACGCCUCGAAUUUCAGUUCCAAGGAAGGGCCUUCGUGUUCGACCUCGAACGGCGUUUUCACCCGAGAUUUCCUCACAUUAGGCCCUCCUGCAACCACAUCAAUGUGUUCAACGUCAAAAUCUAAGCACCCUCCAUCAAAUCCGAUCUCUUACGAGUUGCCGGACCUCGACUCAUUAGCUUACCACCAAGCAAGCUUUGGAGAUUCAAUUACGAAGCAAGGUGGUGGCGGGUUCACUCAACAUCGACCUUACUAUAGCUUCUUUCCACCGGCAAUGGCGCAAAUCGAGGGAGCAAAAACAGUAACAACGGCUAAUUGUAAAAGUGGAGAAGUUGCUGGACAUGUUGAUCUCAAUUUAAAGCUAUAAUAUAGAUUAUACAUUUAAAAGAAAUAAUCCCUUUUUCUUUUUUAUGAAGAACACAUUAAGAAUCUCAUUUUUCCUUCUAGUUGAGCAGAGCAUUACCCUGUGUAAUACUGAGCCCUGGAUGGAAUGAUAAAAAAUUUGGGUUUCA